AGAGGAUCCUGUGUGUUGUAGUUCAGCUGCUCUCUAAUUUCAGUGCCCCUGAGUGUGAGAUGUUUAGACACUUUGGCUGCAUAUUCAAGCAAACAUUAAGCACCUCUUCCAACUUCCAGCCCUAGAUGGAUACAUACCUUUGGCUGUAGAGGAUUGUUGGGCUGUCCGGUGAAGCAAACCCGCCAUGCGUGAAUACAAGCUAGUGGUGUUAGGCUCUGGAGGUGUGGGCAAAUCCGCUCUGACAGUUCAGUUUGUACAGGGAAUCUUUGUGGAAAAAUAUGACCCAACAAUAGAAGACUCGUACAGAAAGCAAGUGGAGGUAGACGGGCAGCAAUGUAUGCUUGAAAUUCUUGACACAGCGGGCACAGAGCAGUUCACAGCAAUGAGGGACUUGUACAUGAAGAACGGCCAAGGCUUCGCCCUGGUAUACUCUAUCACAGCACAGUCCACCUUCAAUGACCUCCAGGACCUGAGAGAACAGAUUCUACGAGUAAAGGACACAGAGGAUGUGCCGAUGAUCCUGGUGGGGAACAAGUGCGACUUGGAGGAUGAGCGUGUGGUCGGGAAGGAGCAGGGCCAGAAUCUGGCCAGACAGUGGAACCACUGUGCCUUUUUAGAGUCCUCUGCUAAGUCAAAGAUCAACGUCCUCGAUAUCUUCUAUGACCUGGUCAGACAGAUAAAUAGGAAAACGCCAGUGGAAAAGAAGAAGGCGAAAAAGAAAUCCAACUGUGUCCUGCUUUAAAGUCCCCCUCCAGCCCCUGCAGCAGCUCUGAGCCAGAAAUGCUGUAAUGAAGAACUGUUGCCCUGAUUGGAACGUGCCAGCAUUCCAACAGCCCCCCUCCCCCAACCCCCCCGACCUCCAUCAGCCAUAAACGGUGAAUCAGCUGACUGAACUGCUCCUAUCAAAGACGAGGACGACCUACACAAGAGAGAGAGAGAGAUGGAGAGAGUAAAGAGAGAGAAAGACAGUAAGCGAGAGAGAAGACUCUCGCCUCCGAGGACCUUCCUCUGUGUCUCAGUUUCAGUGUGAACCCUGAAUGGACAGUCUCCAUUUCUGCACCAACAAACAAACACAAACUUAUGAUGAUAAAAGCCUCUGAAGUAAAGAAAAAAGUGUCCAAGAGCCACCACCAAGGCCAGAGAGCAGCCCCUUGUAUUUUCAUUGAUGACAGUUAAACAAAAAGAAAAAUAACGUUUAAAGAAGGAAAAACAGAGCUAGAACUUCAGUAUUUUUCAUCUUUUUUCAAUAUCAAUAUCGUAUUUGAACGACAUGGAAGUUGACCUCUUUAGUUGUAUGAUUAUAAAUAUUCUUCAAAAACGAGCAUGAAAAAAUGCAUCAGUUAUUAAGUGUAGAUGUUUUCAAGUGAAAUCAAGUGGAAAAGUGAGAAAUUUUUUAUAGCCAUACACCUAUUCUCCAUGCCUGUCAUGUCAGUGAUGAUAGAUCAAGGUCUAUGAUAUGUAUUAUUAUUAUUUUUAUUAUAUAUAUUUUUUUCUUUGUUCGCCCUGUUGUUCAUGGACUUCUCUUCUGCAAAUAUCUCUCUCUGAUGUGACUUAAUUUUAUACUCAGUCACUGGGAUUUCAUAGCUCCCAUAAUAUAUUCUAAUGCCAUUUUUUGCAUAAUAAUGCUUCAGAAAAAAAUGGGUCUUUUAUAGAAGAAAUAUGGGGAAAAAUAAGGAUUGAUUUCUAUGUCUCUUGAAGCUGAAAUAUAUUAUACUAAACCAACUCUAAUAAUGCUUCUUGUGUUUUUCUGUCAAUGAUGUUCCAGCUUUUAUGGAUUAUUAAAGUACAUUUUAGUACAUUUUCAUUA